CAGACGGGAGGAUGGCGUCAGGGGCGGCGCAGGCGCUGCUGCAUGUGGUGUGGGGGGCCCUGUCCCCCCCCGGGGCCGGGCGUUGGUAUUUCCUGCUAGCCCUGCGGCUACUGGCCUUGGCCUUCGCCCGGGGGGCUUGGCGGGGACCCCCCCACGAUCUCCUCUGCACUUGGGCCCCCCCUGGACCUCCCCCGCCCCCGCCUCCCCCGGGGCUGCGUCGCCUCUGCGCCGCGCUCUGCUACAACCGGCAUUUCCCCGCCCCCAUGGCCUCGCUCUGGAGUUUGUCCUUCCUCCUCGCCCUCCUCCCCAUCACGCUCCUCCGACUCCUGCACCCUCCCGGCCACGCCCGACGGGGAGCCGAGGGCGGCGACCAUCCCAACAUGGCCGCCGGGGGCAUCAACAUGGCCGCCAGGGGCGACAAUAUGGUCGCCGGGGGCACCAACGUGUCCGCUGGGCACAAUGGAGAAGGUGGGGCCGAAGGGAGCGGCGGUGAGGACAAGAUGGCCACCAGACGCCAAGCCAGUGGCAGAAACAAGAUGGCCGCCUGGCCCCGCCCCAGUGAUGAAAGCAGCGCCCUCAUGUGGAUGGACGAAUUGGACGCGGUCGCCCGGCCCCGCCCCAGCCGCGAAUCCAACAUGGCUGCCGGGCGUCACCUGGUUGCUAAAGCCAAGAUGGCUGCCUCGCGCCACCCGGCCAAUGAGAGCAACACGGCCUCACGCGGGGGUGAAUCCAACAUGGCCGCCAGGCGCUGCCUGCCUGACGUCAGAGACGUGACCUCAUGGAACAAUGAGCCGCGCCCCGCUGCCCGUCCCUGCCUGCCUGCCGCAUCCAACAUGGCCACCCGGCGCCGCCCAAUCCCCGCUGCCAACAUGGCCGACAACCCCUCCCUGCCCGCCCUGCCCGCCCUGCCUGUGCUUGGCAGCCAUGAUGGGCGUGGCCGGUGGCGGGUGUGGCUGGGGGCAGCGGCGGCGGCCAUGUUGGCAGUGGGGGAGGGGGGUUUCCUGUGGGCAGUGCUGUGGCGGCAGCUGCCCACCUUGACGGCCGUUCCCAUUGGCUGCCACCUGCCCACCGCCCCCUGCCCGCCCCUUGCCUGCGCCCUGCCCGCCCGCGCAGACAAGAUGGCCGCCCUCCUCGGCAUCGCCGCCUCCGCCGCCGUCUCCCUCAUCGCUGUCAUGGCCGCCGCCAUCAUGGCUGCUGUCCAUGCCUUGCGGGGGCGUGGCCGGCAAGGGGAGGGGCCUGUCUAGGGUGGCCAUCUUGGAGCGGGUGGAGCCAAGGGUGGCCAUCUUGGGACAGACAGGAUCAAGGUCAGCCAUCUUGGG